AUGGCCACUCGCGGACGAGGUCGAGCACGUUCAAGAGAGAGUAGGAAUGAGCAAUCGGCUGAUAGCCAUGCCGAGUUCAUGGCGGCAAUGGCGAAUUUGGCGAACACCAUGGAAGCCAAUGCUGCUACGACUCUGCAAGUUGUGCAGAGGUUAGCUCAACCGGCCGGAAGCAGAAACGAAAAUGGAGAAGGUGCUGAGGACAGCUUGAGAGGUGUUCCAAGAACUCUAGCUGCUUUUUGGAAAGCUGGCCCGCCGGUUUUCAAUGGUUCGACAAACCAUAAUGAAGCAGACAACUGGUUCCAAGCUUUGGAGCGUGCAUUACUACCUCAACAUGUACCCUAUGACCAGUUCGUAGAGCAUGCGACUUAUCAACUAGUGGGAGAAGCUCAACAAUGGUGGCAAGAAGAGCGCCGACUACUACACCAACAGAAUGUGAAAAUUACAUGGGCGUUAUUCGAGGAAGCUUUCUAUAAGAAGUACUUUCUUGAGUCAUUAAGGGAGGCCAGAGAAUUGGAGCUCUUACAGCUGAAGCAAGGGUCCACGACUAUAGCAGAAUACAACAGCAAGUUCGAGGAACUCUGUAGGUUCUCGAGAAUAAGUCAGGGUACUUCUGGGUCCUAUGAGGGAUGGAAAUGCGUCAAAUAUGAAGUAGGGCUGAGAGAAGAUAUCAGACGUGUUAUGGCUCCAUUGGAGAUUAGGAGAUUCUUUGAAUUGGUGGACAAGGUGAGGGUUGUUGAAGAACAUCCGAAGACGAUAGCCUCGUCAAAAGACACUCUUGGGGGAAAUACUAGUAGGGAACGCAAUGAUUACCUUGGACCAAGGGGACGAAACUUCAAGAGAUAUGAUGAAGGAAAGCAGUCAAGAGCUUACUCCCCUACUAUAAAAUGUCAGGAGUGUGGGAACUACCAUCCGAAUAAGCCAUGCCAGUUGGGUAAGAAGCUAUAUUACAAGUGUGGCUGA